AUGAGCGUGCAAAGUGUCCAGCCAGUGGUCAGUGACCAGGAAAUGGGAUUUGGUGGUGGCCCUGAGGAAGGACAGCCCUUGGCCUCGCUCUCCUGCAGGUUCAAGUACGUGAUUGGCAUCGGAGUGGGAGCCGGAGCCUACGUGCUGGCCAAGUUUGCACUCAUCUUCCCCGACCUGGUGGAGGGGCUGGUGCUGAUGAACAUUGACCCCAACGGCAAAGGCUGGAUCGACUGGGCCGCCACCAAGCUCUCGGGCCUCACCAGCACUUUACCCGACACGGUGCUAUCCCACCUCUUCAGCCAGGUAAGGGCGUGGGACCACCUCACAGGAGUGGGCCGCAGAGACCUGGACAUUAACCGGCCGGGGACAGUGCCGAAUGCCAGGACCCUCCGCUGCCCCGGGAUGCUGGUGGUCGGGGACAAUGCGCCUGCUGAGGACGGGGUGGUUGAGUGCAACUCCAAGCUGGACCCCACCACCACGACCUUCCUGAAGAUGGCGGAUUCCGGGGGGCUCCCGCAGGUCACACAGCCCGGGAAGCUGACUGAAGCCUUCAAGUACUUCCUGCAAGGCAUGGGCUACAUGCCCUCGGCCAGCAUGACCCGGCUCGCCCGCUCUCGGACCGCGUCCCUCACCAGUGCCAGCUCGGUGGAGGGCAGCCGCCCGCAGGCCUGCACCCACUCGGAGAGCAGCGAUGGGCUGGGCCAGGUCAACCACACCAUGGAGGUGUCCUGUUGAAGCCCUGGUCCCCUGAAGACGCCCACGUGCCCCCACCCGCGUUGAGGUCCCACUGCCACCCUCGCGCCCGCCGGCUCCUUUUCUGUUUUGUUUCUUUCUGUGAAGGCGAAGGGAGGAGAGGGGGUUACGGCUCUCAGAUGCUACAGCAGAACAGUCUCCAGGGGGUCCCCAGGCCCCACCUCACUAACCUUGUUGACCUGGCUAACUUGGGCCGGUUCUGCCGAGUCCCCAGCUCCUGGGCGGGAGGGGGACCAGCUAAGGAAAGGCCGCGUCCCUCUCUGGCCAGGAUCCAGGAUGAUAUCCUGGGUUAAAGAAAGAGCAAGGGAUGACCCCCGGGGCAGGCAGGUUUGAAGGUGGGAUGGAGUGGUGAGGUGAUGGGUGCAGCUCAGGCACUGGCAUGAGAACCAGGAGAGGCAGCAGGGAGCCCUGGACCCCCCCCACCCCCCAACCCCCACCCCAGCUCCCACCAAGCACAUCUGAUUCUGUCUCAUAGCACAUAUGACAAUCAUCUGAACAGUAGCCACAAGGGGGCGCUCCCACAGGCCUCUUUUGCGGGUACUGCAGGGCCAGGCAGGCAGGGGCCAGGCAAGCAGGGGCUGAAGGGGAUUUCUCUGUCCAAGGAAAACAAAAGAAAGGACCUUGAGGGCAGGAACCCCGCAGGUUCCAUGAAGGACAGUGUGGCCAAGGCCGCCAGAAACAUGGUAUUUCUAGGAAGAGUCCUGGUAGAGUUAUGCCGGCGUUUCACCCAGGCAUCCCUAAGCAAGGCGAGAGAGUUUCUGUAGAACUGGUCCAGGGUGUGAAGACUCCCGCAGGCCCCGUCCCAUCUUGGCCUGUGGAGUGGCUUGGGCUGGGGCUUUGCUAGAUCCGGGGGUAGGAGGGGAAGGUUCCCGCAGUGAACAAGGACCAGGCAGAGGAGAGAGGCUCCCCCCACACACCCUGCCCCCUCCUGCCACCUAAAGCCCAGGACUGGGCCGUAUAUUUCCCAUCCACCACCUUAUCAGGUAGAAUCUCUGGGCCCAGAAACCAGAAGCCAUUUGUCUCAGAGCCUGAGUCAGUUGCCACAAACCCCCAAACGAGUAAAAAGAAAGGGGGGAGAGCUAUGAAAAUCGGAGGGCCGGGGUGUGUAUGUUGGGGGGGGGGUGUGUGCUCUGAGGCUGGGAGGGUACCCAUAUCCAUGUUUCCUCUGCACAUAUUACCCCCCCCCCUCCAAUAAUCUUAAGCCAUUGCUAGAUUUCUCUAGAGCCUGGUGGAGUGUUAAUCUGUGCCCAGUUCUAUUCACUCACGUGCUUCCUUUGAAUAUCGAAUGUGACCGUUUGAAAAGCUGGUAGAAUUAAUCCCUCUUACUGUAGAUAGUGCUGCAAGUUGGAUUUCUCUUGUUUUGCUGUGUUCUUUCAGAUGAGAUAUCUAUAAAUACCUAUACAUUAUAUAUAUAUGUAUGUAUAUCGGGUCCUCCUGUGUGUGGUUUUCCAUCGGAGGUUGUCUCUUCUUUGGUCAAAGUGAACUUUGAAUGGAGUUUAUUAUUUUCCUCUCUGUACAGGGUGGAGAGCCUAAUUUUGUGUAUUCUAGUGGCUGAUGUCAUGAGACUCGGAAAUGACAAAAUGUAAAACAAGUAAAAACCCUUGUCAACAUAGAAAGUUAACUGUGCUGAAAACCAAUAAAGAAACUAAAAGGAA